UAUACUUGAAUGUGUUUUCUAAUUUGGAAUUUGGUUUGACAUGUGGCUGCAGUGACAUAUGUAGAACAGCAGGAUACUGAAGCUGAGUUAAAUACCACGAACAAUAUACUGAUGUCCUGAAGAGCAGACAGUGGAUCAUCUGACGUGGUCCUACAGAGGACUGUGCUCCUACAGGGUUUAGUUAAAUCAAGUACAACUCUGUAUGUAUAAACAAUGACACAUUGAUGUCAUUGUGUUUUUCUAAACAUUUUUUUAUCCAGAUUUCAACGACCACGACAGUGCAAUGGAUGACCGUGAUAGCGACUACCGCAGUGAGGCCAGCCACAGGCCUGCACGGUUCUACAACAGCCCUCAGACAAAUUCUUCUGUGCACCAGUAUCCCAUAGCAGACAGGGUCCAACAUCAACCCCUGUCCAGGGAGUCUGAACCCAUAGAAAGCUAUGAGCUGGACUGUAGUGGAAUUAAGGAGCCCAGCCCACCGGACAGCAGUCGCUUUGAGUCGUCAGGAAACCUCAGUCCUGUCAGCUCCCAGCUCACUCCUGAGCCUGAGAAAUGCCAGGAUCCAGGGUAUGGUCAACAAGGUAGCCAUCACGCUCCUCUCUUCAGCCAGCCCUCUACUUGGGACGAGAAGGAGACAGAAGAGGUGGAGAAAGAUCUGUAUCCACAACCAGAGCCUGGUUCAAACAAAGAUUUUAUUGACUCUACAGUCAUUCUGCCGAAACCACAAUCGAACAACUAUGACGAGAGCCGUACUAGAACCAGGUGAAUGAUCAAUAUUAAUAGUAAUAAACUUAUAAUUAACAAGGCCACGUAGAGGAGAAUGAUUUUACAAUUAAUAUACCGGUAAAUUAUAUCACGCAAGAUUAGAUGGCAAAAAAAAAACAAAUCAAUAUCUCACAUUAAAAAAUGUAAUCCUGGUGCAUUUGCAGAGAAGCUCUAUGUUGUAUAUAAAAGUGAAAUGUAGAGUACUGUAGGACAGCAGUGCAGUACUUGUCCUCAGACAACCAGAUUCAGGUUAUUGAUUUCACUUCUUGAAAUUGAUUCUCAAUAUCCAUCUUCUGGAAACUCUUAGCUUUGAACUCAUUGAUUUUUUUGCUUUAUUUCUGUCAGUUUCUUUGAAGACGGUCCUCCGCCUUGUUCCCCAUCCAGAGUUCGCUGGCUUAAAGCAUACAACAAAGUGAGAGUGCAGCUUCUUGAGGUAGGAACAGGCUUUUUCAACUAUUCAGUUUCUUUUUUGGCUUCCCUUUAUUCUCUCUCUCUCUCGCU